CAGUGGACCCCCCCUGGUGAAAUGUCCAGCACAAAAAGCGGUUCUGGGGUCCGGUCCCAGUGCCCGGGGUGCCUGGAGAUGUUUUCGGACCCCCGGGUCCUGCCCUGCCUGCACACGCUGUGUAUGAACUGCCUCGACAAACUGGAGCCCUUCGGCGCCGCGGGGAAAGGGCCGCAGGGCCAAACCCAGAAAAGCCUUCUGUGCCCGGUGUGCGAUUCAGAGGUUCUGCUGCCCCUCGCGGGGGUUAAAGGGCUGGUACCGGACCUGGCGGCGCAAGAAGAGGUGCUGCUGGAGCGGCUGCAAAGCGGUGGCCACGAGAUGACCUGCGACCUCUGCGGGGAGAGCCGGGCGGAAAAGAGAUGCCAAGACUGCAAGGCGAACAUGUGCGAAUUCUGCUGCCAGGCCCACAGGAGGCAGAAAAGGACAGCAAAUCACCUCCUUGUACCGGUGCGCGACUUGCCCCCCGGCCUCUGCCUCUCGCCGGUGCCGUGUUGUAGCGCCCACCCCCUGGAGGAGCUGCGCUUGUUCUGCGAGCCGUGUGCCGUCCCCUCCUGCAGGGACUGCGCUCUCGUCCAGCACCACGGACAUGUCCUCCGACCGGUGCUGGAGGUUGCAGGGAGACACCGGGAGCAGCUUCACAAGGUCCUUAACGAGGCCGAGCCUCAGCUCAGGGAUCUGGAGGACGCCAUUAAUGGGGUUUACGGGACGAAGGAGGCCCUGACUGUGAGAGCCGAGGCCCUGCGGCGAGAGGUCGAAGACUUCGCGGAGAAAUAUAUACGUGCCGUGCGCGAGCACAGGGCCCGGCUCCUGGGGGACAUCGACGAGGAGAUGCGGCGGAGGCAGCAGACUCUCAGCCUACAAGGAGCACGAAUACAACAGCGGCUCUCAGACCUUCACACGGCCACGCAGUUCACGCGAGGCGUUCUGGGCCGAGGGCCCGACCUGCACUUGGUGAGAGCCCAUGGCCUGGUGCUGAGCCGCCUGAAGGAGCUGAGUCUAGAGAGCCAAAGGAUGACAGACGUGGAAGAGACCACCGGCCUCCAGUUCAGCCCCCAGGAAGAGGCAGGACAGUGCCAAGGAUACCCAAUGUAUGGGGUGGUGAAGGGACGUGGGGUAAAUCCAGAGAGGUGCGCCAUACGGGGUCUCCAGGCCGCGUGGGAAGGAGAGCUCUGUGGAUUCACGCUGAUCUGUAACGAUGGAUCCGGGGACUGCAUGGGACAUGGCGGCCAGCAGCCCGCAGUGCGCAUCCUACACGGGGGCUCAGACAGGCCAAUCCGAGCGUCGGUCCGAGAUAACCACGACGGCACGUACCACGUCUCAUACACCCCCGCGGAGCCCGGGGAGCUUUCUGUCAGCGUCCUCAUCAAGGGUCGUCACAUGCAGGGCUCUCCAUUCAGCGUGACGGUGAAGGGCAAAUCGCGCAAGCACCCUGGGAUCUACCAUUGCUGCUCAUUUUGCUCCAGCGGGGGGCAAAAGGAUGCCCGCUGCGGGUGUGGAGGCACCAUGCCAGGUGGGUACCAGGGCUGUGGUCACGGGCACAAGGGCCACCCCGGACACCCUCACUGGUCGUGUUGUGGUUGCGCCACAGAGAAGUCUGAGUGUUGGGGCGUUAAGGACACGGCCCCCCGGAACCUGCUUAGGACAGUCGCUCUAUGAUAUAAUGGGGGCGCGGGGGCACCCGCUGAAUACUGCGGCGAAAAAUGAGCAAUAAAUGGCUGAAAAUUCACAUUAACCCUGUAAUGGCAGUAAGAAGAUUCAGGUCUCUGACGGAGAGCGCGGUCACAUGACAUCUGCGCAUGUUUGGGUUCAUUUACCCAAAAGAAGUGCCUUAUACCAUUUCCCCAGGUGGGCCGCACACUGCGUUUAUUGCGCUUUUAUAUUGUAUUUCAUGUCACAAUAAACAGCUUCAGAGAAA